UUUCAACAAUCGCUCCAGCUGUGCUUUGAGACUCAUUGUUCCUAAGUGGUCAGCUUCCCUUGAAGGCGUACCAGGUGUCAAGAUGAUUGCGCUGCCCUGUUUUGAAAACAAUUAACGUCACCUUUGGAACAUAAGACAUACACCUCAUUUCGAUCACCGUCUUUUCAGACCCUUAACGAUCAUUAAGUGUAGCACGUUAUUGCUCUAUCCCAAGUGUCGUUUGUGCACACGCGGCCCUCGUUAUGUGCACGGUUUGAAGUGCACAUUAUAUUACCUUUCACCGGCGGUUCAUUAAAACAGGAUAACAAAAGAAAACCGGAGUCGCAAAAGAAUCUGCAUUUUGGUAUGUUGAAUUUGUUUUAUGUUAGCUGUGUUUGAAGUGUGUUACUCAAGACAGUGAAGAUGAGAUACACAUUCAAUCCAUUUGAUCUCCUCAAAUUCUUCAAUAGACAAAAGGCACACAAAAAUUAUUCAUAUAAAUAUAUAUUAAAUAUAUAUAUAUAUAUAUAUUUCGUUAAAGUUUUAACUAAAAAAAGAGAGAGUCAACAUCGCAAUUUAUUUCCCUUCAGUUCAAACAAAUCAGACAAUGGCCAGGUCCAUCAUUCUGCUCCUCCUGGCUGUGUCGGCCAGCCUUCUUGGUCAGAGCUCGGGGACGCCCCUGGAUGACUACGUCAACACGCCUGAUCCUCACUACAACUACAAAUAUCUGACGUCAUUCCAGGGUCCAAACUACAGUGUUUACCUUCUCAACAUGACGUCACAAAAAUGGCUUACCGGUUGACAAUCAAAUUUGAUUUUCAUUCGUUUUUUUUCGUUUUUUUCGUUUUUUUUCGUGUUUUUUUUCACUAUUACAAUGAAAGUACCAAUUGUAUCUUUUGUUAAACACAAACUAAAACUUUAUGUACACUUUAUUUAAUACAUAUUUCUUAUUAUAAAACUAUUAUUUUUAUCGAAUAAUAUAAUAAUUAUUAAUGAUAAUUAUUAUUACAUUAUUAACUUCUCAAUGUGUAUGUAUAUUGUCUAUGUUAGAGGAAGUGACGACAACUCCAAUAUGGUGGCACCACGUGGCAGUCAUUGUGCCAUCCCAGAUAGACUACACGGAUACAGGCUUUCUUUGGAUUGCCGGGAGCAAAAGUACAAGUGGGUCAGUUGUGUGGGUCAGUGGUGUGGGUCAGUCAGUUGUGAGGGUCAGUUGUGGGGCUCAGUUUUGUGGGUCAGUGGUGUGGGUCACUUGUAUGUUCAGCUGUAUUGGUCAGUUGUGAGGGAUAGUUGUGAUGGUCAUUUGUGAGGGCAUUUUGUGUGGGUCAGAGUUGGAGGCUAGAGGUGUGGGUCUGAAGAGUGGGUCUGUAAAGUGGGUCAGUUAUAUAGGCAUGUUGUGAGGUCAGUUGUGUGGGCGUUUUGUGGGGGUCAGUGGUGUGGUUCAGUUGUGUGGGUCAGAAGUAUGGAUCAGUUCUGUGUGUUUUACUGUCAAGACAGCGAGAAAUGUACAUUUCCCAGGUUUGUGAUUUAAUGCUGACGUGCUGCGUCACCACGCUGAUUUUUAGAAUUUACGACUACAUGUGUACAUCAGAAAGCGAGAUCUACAGCUAUAACACACACAAAAAAAUAAAAUGGAAUCUAUACCUAAAACAGUACAUAAAUGUAUCCUUCCACACAUUUACCCAUCCACCCAUCCAUCCAUCCACAUAUCCACCCAUCUACCCACGCCAACCAAGUGUCAGUUCUUUAGUCGCGGUUAGUUUAACACGCAUCUUAUUGCCACCAGGUUGCCCACCGAGAAGGACCAGUUCAUCCAGGCGUUCACAGCUCUGGCCGUCAGCACCGGAACUGUUUGUGGCGUCAUCUAUCAAGUUCCCUUUCAGCCAAUCGUUUUUCGGGUAAUUUUUUCCAUUAUUUCUUUCCCUGUUAUUAUUAAGAGCAUCAUAGAGAGCACGACUCGAGCCAAUUUGUCUAUGAAAUAGGACAUUUAUAAAUGGUUGAAAAAAAUUCAACAUUUGUCCGUCUGACGAUCCGCUGCCCCUGAUCUAACUGUUAAGACUUCUUUCUAACGUCUCCGGUGAGGUUCGUGGAUAUUCCCUUUUCUCCAUUUCGCUAGGCUAAACUUAAAACACAACAAAAUAUGGAACAGAAAUAAAAUAAAACAAAAGUGAGCGCCUUACUGUUUUGUUUCCAGGAGUAGGCCUCGGGGGGGGGGGGGGUAGGCGUGGGGGUAGGAGGGGUAGGUCUCGGGGUAGGCCUGGGGGUAGGCCUGGGGGUAGGCCUGGGGAUAGGCCUGUGGGUAGGCCUGGGAGUAGGUCUGGGGUAGGCCUGGGGGUAGGAUCAAGAAAAUAAGAUGUCUUCGUGAAACGUAAUAUAGGGUCCAUAGCUACAGAAUUCCCUUUUAGCGUGCAUUAAUCAAUGUGUUUAGAUAGCGAAUUGUGUCACCAGCUCAGGUCUGUUAUCCGUUUACAAAUAAAUGCGAUGGAGAAAAAAAAUGGUUGUCAUUCAGAAAAUCGAAGCUUUUAAAUUAAACAAAAAAAAAAAAAAUUUUUUUUUAAUCUUUUAAAAAUUUGUAAACCUUGAUUUCUUCCACUACAACAUUUGAUACUUUGUUGAUACUUUGCUUAAGAAUGAUCCCGCGCAGAAAGAACGGGUGGAAGAUGCCAUCAUCGCGUGGACUUGGAGAAAAUUCUUGGACAAUGGCACGAACCCCGAAAUACUUCUGCGUCUUCCAAUGACCAAGGUAUUACAACUACUAUCAGUAACUACUUUAUUAUUACAAUUACUAUUAGUAACUACUUUGUUUGUACAAUUACUUUCAGUAACUACGUUAUUAUUACAAUUACUUUCAGUAACUACUUUAAUAUUAGAAUUACUUUCAAUAACUACUUUAUUAUUACAAUUACUAUCAGCAACUACUUCAUUAUUAUAAUUACUAUCAGAAACUACUUUAUUAUUACAAUUACUAUCGGUAACUACUUUAUCAUUACAAUUACUAUCAGUAACUACUUUAUUAUUACAAUUACUAUCGGUAACCACUUUAUUCUUAAUCGUUGAGCGCAGUGACGAGCGGUUUAAAAAAACUUAGUUCAUUUCAAUUUGUAUCAAUUAAUACGUGUCUGUGUGCCCAUUCCCCCCUCCCACCUCCCACCCCCCUCCCCCAACAGGCAGUGGUUCGAGGUAUGGACACCUUGUCAGCCUUCUCAAGGCCAUACACCGGAAGCGUUAUCAACAAAUUCGUCAUAGGCGGAGAGUCAAAGGUCAGGUACUAAGUCGGAUUUGAUUGGAUGAAGGGUCAGCGUUAAGGGUUGGUUUUUGGUAGGGAGUGGGGCUUUGUUUGGGGGGGGGGGGGAUUUAAUUGAACUGGUUUAGGUUUUAGAAUAUUGUCUUUAAACCUUUUUUGUUUACAAGGAAUUUUGUAUUUGAAACUUUUGCCCUCAUUACUUUAUUUUUUUUUUCAGCGUGGAUGGACGACGUGGACCACUGCUGCUGUGGAUAAAAGAGUGGUGGGGAUGGUGCCCACCGUCAUGGACCUGCUCAAUCUCCAGGCGGUGAGGGGAACUUCGCGGUUGCUUUACUUUUUAAUAUGACAAAACAAAAAAAACUUUCUUCUGUUGGUGAUUAUCCUAAGAUUUUAAGAAUGUUUUUUUGUUGUUGUUGUUGUUGUUGUUGUUGGUCCGAAGGUCUAAUAAAAAUGUCACCUGUAUUUCGGACAGAAUCUUCACCAUCACUACCGGUCACUGGGGGGCUGGACAUUCGCAUUCGAUGAUUAUUACAACGAGAGCAUUACUUACAGCCUGGACAGCCCAAACAUGCCACUGAUGAGAGCUGUGAUUGACCCGUUAAGUAAGCGCCUAUGUUAAAGAAGCAUGGGUGGGCAAGCAUACAGUCAAUUUGAUAAUAUCAACAGUCAAUUUGAUAAUAUCAACAGUCAAUUUGAUAAUAUCAACAGUCAAUUUGAUAAUAUCAACAGUCAAUUUGAUAAUAUCAACAGUCAAUUUGAUAAUAUCAACAGUCAAUUUGAUAAUAACAGUCAAUUUGAUAAUAUCAACAGUCAAUUUGAUAAUAACAGUCAAUUUGAUAAUAUCAACAGUCAAUUUGAUAAUAUCAACAGUCAAUUUGAUAAUAUCAACAGUCAAUUUGAUAAUAUCAACAGUCAAUUUGAUAAUAUCAACAGUCAAUUUGAUAAUAACAGUCAAUUUGAUAAUAACAGUCAAUUUGAUAAUAUCAACAGUCAAUUUGAUAAUAUCAACAGUCAAUUUGAUAAUAUCAACAGUCAAUUUGAUAAUAACAGUCAAUUUGAUAAUAUCAACAGUCAAUUUGAUAAUAACAGUCAAUUUGAUAAUAUCAACAGUCAAUUUGAUAAUAUCAACAGUCAAUUUGAUAAUAUCAACAGUCAAUUUGAUAAUAUCAACAGUCAAUUUGAUAAUAUCAACAGUCAAUUUGAUAAUAUCAACAGUCAAUUUGAUAAUAACAGUCAAUUUGAUCAUAUCAACAGUCAAUUUGAUAAUAUCAACAGUCAAUUUGAUCAUACCAACAGUCCAUUUGAUCAUAUCAACAGUCAAUUUGAGGGAAACAUUAUCUAUUAUUGUUGCUGAUCAUUCCAUUUUUUAUUAAAUGAAUAUCUCCACCCCCUCCCCCCUCAUUGGUCCAGCCUACAGCAACAGAUACACCAUGCCCAAGAUGAUAGUGACAACUUCUGGGGAUGAAUUCUUCCUGCCCGACGACUCUCACUAUUACUUUGACCAGCUGCCUGGUCCGAAAUUCAUGAGGCAAGUGAAUUUUCAAGAAUGACGUUGUAUGUUAACAUGUUCAUCUAUAGCUCCGUAUUCUACCCCAAAAAAUGACUGCACUUAACUCAAGUUUACGUAUGGACUCGUUCCAUGCAUUUUUGUGUCUUUCUGUUGUUGUCAUUUUGACUUAUCAAAACAUUGUGUGAGCUAAAAAAAUAAUACAAGGAUUAAUCAUACCCCCUUAGACUUGUCACCAAUGCUAAAAACUAUGAUUGCUCAUUGCACAUG